AUGAUUGUAUGCCUAGGAUCAUUCACCGUGACAUCAAAUCAUCAAAUAUACUUCUUGAUGAAACUUUUGGAAGCACAUUUAUCGCAUUUUGGGAUUGCUAAGAGCAUACCAGCCAGCAAAACUCAUGCUGCAACUUACGAUUUCGGGACAAUUGGUUAUAUAGACCCAGAGUAUGCUCGUACGCGUCUCUAUGAGAAAUCUGAUAUCUACAGCUUUGGGAUUGUUCUUCUUGAGCUUCUUACCUGGAAGAAAGCAGUGGACAACGAAGCUAACUUGCAUCAACUGAUAUUGUCAAAGACUGAUGAUAAUACUGUGAUGGAAGCGGUUGAUCCAGGGGUUACUAUGACUUGUGUGGACUUAGGACAUAUCAGGAAGACAUUUUAA